AAGGUUAAAAUGUUAUUCCCUGCCAGUUGAACACGUGAUGUGAGAGAGACUAGUGCUACACCUCCACCACUACUACUACUACUACUACUACUACUACUACUACUACUACUACAGGAAGUGGUGGUGGUGCUACAAUGGCGGAAAACGCACCCUCGUCAUGCCCAGCCUGCUGUGAGCCCUACAACGAUAACAGCCGCCUGCCUCUCACUGCCUCCUGCGGCCAUACCACCUGUACAGCCUGCCUCAGAGCCGCCACCCUCGCAGCACACCCUGACGCGCCGCCGGGCAGGGAGGGAACUGUGCCGUCUGGGAGAAAGGUUGAGUGUCAAGUGUGUGAGAAGAAGGUGUCCACGGAUCAGCUGGUUAUUAAUAGAGCAGUGUUGGCCAAGGUACCACUCACCCUGGAGGACCUCAUCAUCCCGGAGGACACGAAGAACGACCCUGGAACCACCAAACACGACCCUGGCAUGCUUGACACCACCACCUCUACAGACCACCACGUACACACCACCACCACCACACUAGAAACACCACAGCACCACACAGAGACACAACUAGGCUGGACACACCCUAAGAUGGACCCACACCACCACGACCACACCACCACGACCCACACCAUCACCCCCCCCAACAGCCCGGGGUGAUUGGAUGGGCCACGGCUCCUCAAUACCCUCAUGGAUAUCCAAGUCACUCACACCACCCCCCACCACCACAACCCAUGCCUUUACCUCCACAUGGCUACCCACACCAACACCACCCACACCCGCAACACCACGGGCACUCCUCCCACGUACCAGUAGUAGCAGGAGCAGCAGUAGCAGGCGCAGCAGUAGGGGUGGCAGGCAUGUCCCUUCACCACCACAA